AUGGCCGACCUCGGAAGCGUACCACCAUCACCAGUACCUCCUGCGCCGCAGAUUGGCGUGCUCCCACUUCUACCUCUCGACCAACUGCCACCUGAUAAUCAACCGUUGGCGCACCCUGUGGGUGACUACGCGUGGCUUGACGCCCAAGUGAACAACGCGAACGAUCCGAUCAACUUCACGCCGCCGCAAGCUCCGAUUCCCUUCAACGGGCUGGCCUUUGAACACGACUUCAACCAUCACGGCGAUCCCGACGUUGAGCAAUGGGUUCCGGAUCACGAUGCAUUUGACGGACAAGCUCCUGGGCAAGGGGAUUUCGACCUCGAUAUACAGCCUUUACUACUUUUACCAUCUCUCUUUGCCUUGGUGGACCUCAAUCCCGACUUCGAACUUGGAGCUGCCCCAGCAGCGAUUCAAGAGAUGGCUCCAAUCCUCGACAUGCCUGAGCCGCAGGACCCGAUGGAGGGUAUGGCGGUGUUUGGCGGUGAAGAACUGGCGUUACCGGGUGGAGAUGGGAACGGCGUGCCAGCCGUAUGGCCGCCUAUUGCUGGGGACCACGACCAACUACCUCAACUUGAAGAUGUAGUGCAAGUACCUAUUGCUCACGAAGAGGAAGCCGAAUUUGAGGAUGCUCAACAUGAAGCUGCGUUACCACUGCCUCACGACAUACAGGAGGCGAUGGCCGCGUUGGCUCUUGAGCUCUCGCCCUGGGAGGGCGGAGACGAUAGCGAUCUUCUUGAACUUUUGGUUCGAGCUCGCGGCGAUAUUGUCGUUUUGAAAAGGGAGCGUGCGGACGUUCGUGAAGAACCUCACCGGCGUACCCGUUUCGUUAGCGCGUUCCAAUCGGUGGAACGAGGUAUUAAGGUUGGUAGCAGCUCCGCCAAGCGCACUCUGCGUUCGUUUUCGAGGCGGGUUGGUGAAAAGAUGGUGCGAAGGCACAAGGAUGCGAGCAGCAUGCUCGGACCGGGGCGAACAAUGCCAAGUACGGAAGGUUUCAGUAGGACUGCGUGA